CUCCUGAUUGGUUGUCGAUCGGAAGUCGUCACCACAUACGCAGCUCAUGCAGAACACUUCCGCCUUCUGUAGCGGAGCAGCUAGCGGCUGUAUGACCGGAGGGAGCGCCUUAUUCCCGGCUCGGAAUUUCACCUGGACGCGUUUAAAAGGAUUCCUGGUGUUUUCUGAGCUGGAAUCGUGGUGUUCCUGAGGGUUCCUGAGGUUGUGGUUUUCCUGGAGUCGGAGUCGUAGUGGUCCUUCGGCGCUCCCCCUCCAGUUCCUGAUAGUUUUUCCUCCCAUGCGGUUGUGGAUGUAUUGAGGAUGAUAAUGGAUGAGAUGAAGAAUGAAGCUGAUGCGAGUUCGAUGGUCUCGAUGACGUUAUACGCCGUCAUGUAUCCCGUCUUCAAUGAGCUGGAGAGAAUAAACCUGUCAGCGGCUCAGACUCUGCGCGCAGCCUUUAUUAAAGCGGAGAAGGAGAACCCUGGUCUCACUCAGGACAUCAUUAUGAAGAUCCUGGAGAAGAAAAAUGUGGAGAUUAAUUUCACAGAAUCGUUACUGCGCAUGUCUGCAGAUGACGUUGAAGAGUAUCUGAUUGAGAGGCCGGAGCAGGAGUUUCAGGAUCUGAAUGAUAAAGCACGAGCGCUGAAACAGAUCCUGAGUAAAAUUCCAGACGAGAUAAACGACAGAGUGCGCUUCCUCCAGACUAUAAAAGACAUCGCGAGUGCCAUAAAGGAGCUGCUGGACACCGUCAACAACGUCUUCAAGAAAUACCAGUAUCAGAACCGCAGGGCGCUUGAACACCAAAAGAAGGAGUUUGUGAAAUACUCUAAAAGUUUCAGCGACACACUAAAGACCUACUUCAAAGACGGAAAAGCAAUAAACGUGUUCAUGAGUGCCAACCGGCUGAUCCACCAGACCAACCUGAUCCUGCAGACCUUCAAAACCGUUGCCUAGGAAACCCUGGGGGGGGGUGGAUGAGUGUUUGAUGGAGAGAUGAGUGGAUGAUGGAGAGAUAAGUGGAUGAUAGAGAUGAGUGUUUGAUAGAGAGAUGAGUGGAUGAGUGUUUGAUGGAGAGAUGAGUGGAUGAUGGAGAGAUAAGUGGAUGAU